AUGGCUGCGCACAUAACUGACAGUACAGAAGCAAUUACCAAUUCUGGCUAUGGCAGCAGUGAUGAGACAGCAAGUCUUCUCGUUUCAACACCAGCAGUGACAGUUAUAGUACCCACUGAAAACAGAACAGUGAAACCGAUUUUACAACGGCAAGAUUGUACGACUAAUUUGCGGCCCCACUUAUCGGGCGAACCGGGCAGUGAGGAAAGUGCGACGUCCAUCAGAGUUGAUGAUAAUUCAACAAGAAGUGUUCCAGAUAUAGAAUUACAGUGCCGAGAUCCACCAGACCGCCCGCAAACGCUUAUAUCGCCCGUAGCAACUGGUACUCACAGAGGAUCUGUAACAGCAUGCCCGCUAGUUCCGCAAAGCUAUACAAGAUGUCGUGUUUGUGAACGUAGACAAUCCACGGCGCCAGUAUCGGCACUACAGCUAGCGCGAUCUGUUUCAAGAGAGAGUGUUCGUUCCGCUUUUCAUUACAACUGCGGCUGUAGUUCCCUACACGCUGUCAAUACCUGUCCGGUUAUGCAAGCUCCAGCUCUAUUACUACCUAAUACUAGUGCGAGAAUUAUCCGACAGAGUUCGCAGCCAGAGUCAAGCGCAUGCGUAACACAGUGCCCUCAUCAUGUGCACCAUCAUCCUAGCGCCUCCUUGCGGCAACUGAGGGAACCAGGCGACGGUAUUGCCGGUAUAGCAGCUGAUUCAUUGAGAAUAAAUGGAGGGAUGCGACCUUUCAAGCAGGGGCUGCUACUCUGCCCACAAACCCUGUCGCAGACUCGCCGAGCUCGCCUGAGACGUGCAUUCACUGAAGCAACAGGAGAUACUGUUAACUACGUUAGAACGCUGCGAAAGCCGGUCUCGACGGUGUCGAUCCCCGGCGCUAUGAAGGCAUACUCCGGAGGGAGGGACGCAGCGACCGAAGAGGCGGGUGUUGCUUUAGUUGGUGUGCACAGCGAGUAUCCGCGCUUCGGUGAGGAACGUGCCCUUGGUGGCGGCACGUACAAAGGCGGGGGGACAGCUAAGCACAAACCAAACAUAGGAUAUAGGUUAGGUAGGCGAAAGGCAUUAUUCGAAAAACGAAAACGAAUAAGUGACUACGCUUUGGUAAUGGGAAUGUUUGGUAUUAUAAUAAUGGUAAUAGAAAACGAACUUUCUAGUGCUGGUGUUUACACAAAGGCAUCUAUCUACUCGCAAGCGUUAAAGACACUAAUAUCAAUGUCGACUGUGAUUUUACUUGGCCUAAUCGUUGCUUAUCACGCUUUAGAAGUUCAGUUAUUUAUGAUAGACAACUGUGCCGACGAUUGGCGAAUAGCAAUGACGUGGCAGCGAAUAGCACAAAUAGCUUUAGAGUUAGCGAUUUGUGCUGUCCACCCUAUUCCGGGCCAGUAUACUUUCACGUGGACCACGAAACUGGCGAAUAAAGGUGGUGUUAUAGGCGUUGAAGUCGUUCCUUACGACGUUACACUAUCAUUGCCAAUGUUCUUUCGUCUGUAUCUCAUAUGCAGGGUUAUGUUACUUCAUAGCAAAUUGUUCACUGAUGCAUCAUCUCGAAGUAUAGGAGCUUUGAAUAGAAUUAAUUUUAACACGAGAUUUGUACUGAAGACACUAAUGACAAUAUGUCCAGGCACAGUUCUUUUAGUUUUUAUGGUUUCUCUUUGGAUAAUAGCAAGCUGGACAUUACGUCAAUGUGAAAGGUUUCACGAUGAAGAACAUGCUAACCUACUCAAUGCGAUGUGGCUUAUUGCCAUAACAUUUCUCUCCGUUGGUUUUGGAGACAUUGUGCCAAACACAUAUUGCGGCAGAGGUAUCGCCGUAAGCACCGGUAUAAUGGGAGCUGGAUGCACAGCGUUAUUAGUCGCGGUUGUUUCAAGAAAGUUAGAAUUAACUAGAGCUGAGAAGCACGUUCAUAACUUCAUGAUGGAUACACAACUUACUAAAAGACUAAAAAAUGCAGCUGCCAAUGUUUUGAGAGAGACUUGGUUAAUUUACAAACACACACGACUUGUGAAAAGGGUUCAUCCUGGGCGUGUGCGGACACAUCAAAGAAAGUUUUUGUUAGCUAUAUACGCGUUACGAAAAGUUAAGAUGGAUCAAAGGAAGUUAAUGGAUAAUGCAAAUACCAUAACAGAUAUGGCAAAGACCCAAAAUACCGUUUACGAAAUAGUUUCGGAUAUGAGUACUCGACAGGACAAUAUAGAAGAAAGGUUAACUAGUUUAGAAGAAAAAUUGACGGCAUUACAGGAACAAAUGAAUACCUUACCGGAUGUGAUGGCUCGGUGUUUCCAACAACAUUGGGAGAGAACUGAGCAACGCAGAAACUAUCUUCAUCCAGAUACGGCCGCAGCACCUACACCACCGUCGUCAACCAUCUCACCAUAUUCUAGACCUCUGGCAUCAGCGUCACUCCCGUGGCCGCCUAGUCCAGUUGUUCAACAAGCUGCGAGAGCACACUCUACUGCCGAGAGUAACGUAGCUCACUCCCCAACUCCUGUUCAGCCAACACCGUCGAGCCCCGCGCCACUCAUGGCACGGACUCCACUACCUAGCUGA